CAUUCUUUUACUUUUUCAGUGAACGAAAAUGGAGACCCCUCAGAUCACCCUUGAGACAUACAUUCCCCGCAAGUGCUCCGCCACUAAUCGUCUUAUUGGCGCCAAGGAUCACGCCUCGGUCCAGAUCAACAUUGGUGAUGUUGAUGAGAACGGUCGCUACACUGGCUCCUUCACCACCUAUGCUCUUUCUGGUUACGUUCGUGCUCAGUCUGAGGCUGAUGACUCUAUCAACCGCCUUGCUACUAAGGAUGGCUUGUUGUCUAUGGUCUGGAGCUACCAAAAGUAGAUUAUUAGGGGUUUCCCUUGGAGAUUCUCUCCUAUAAGAUUCUCUCCUUUAAAAUUCCCCCAUCUUUUCAAUAAUAAAGUUCUUGGAAGGAUUUUUUGAG